UGGGAGGUGCCUGUGUGACCGCCCGCACUUGGGGCUGCAGACCGGCCCGGCUGGCCUCACCUCCGCGCACACAAGCAGGUGGGACCCGAGGACGGAGGUAGGGCCGCUGUUGCCGGGGCAGGGGCAGGGGCACCCGGCCUCACACUGUCACCUGCACGGUGUGUCUUUCUGUGGGCCUGCUGGCUUGAUGGCGCCGGCCGGACGCCUGCUGCUGCUGCUGCUGCUGCUCCGCAUGCGGGCCGUGCCCUCCGCGGUGCUGCACAAGGGCAUCGGGGAGCCCUGCGAGGAGCACAGGGAAUGCCAGAGCACCUGCUGCACCACCAGCACCCUGAGCCCGCAGAAGUACUGCGCGUCCCUGACCGUCUUCCGGAAGUGCUUGUCCUGGCAGAAGCCCGAGGGCUACCCGUGCUCCGACCACAACCAGUGCCGCAGCAGCUGCUGCGUCACCAACAACCACAACCCGCUCCGCUUCUGCACGCCCCGCACCGUCUUCUUGCAGUGCCUGUCCUGGCGCAAGCCCAACCGGGACUACUGCUCGGAGCACAGGGAGUGCCACAGCCAGUGCUGCCUCAGCCUGACCGAGGCCGCGCCCGCGCGCUGCAGGCCCCGCACCGGGGUCCUGGCCCAGUGCCUGCCACCGUGACGCGGCGGGCGGCGACCUGUGCGCUGGAGGACCAGCCGGGACCUCGCCCCUCUGCCUCCCGCCACCUCUGAGU